AUGAUCUCUACUUCUACUACUACUCCUCCCUCCGACAAAGACGUGGCCCCUCGAAUCAUGUCUGUCCCUGUCGCACAAAUCAGCACCAGUCCCAUCAUCACUUCCACUGUGCCCAACAUCAACUCUGAAGGUGCAUCGGCGACGUCUACAGCAGCACAUGGUCGUCGAUCAAGGAGCAGGUCCAGGAACGCAUCCACUUCGACUCCUCCCCCUUCACCACCACUCUCGGCAUCUGAUACUGCUCACAAGGAAGGACGGAAUGGGGCAUUUGAUGCACAUAAACGACAGAGGAAUACUCCCCACCAUCAUCAGCAAAGGAAUCGGCGAUAUAACCACCAUCUCACCAGUGUCGAGGUGUCAACAGCAGCUGCAGCAGCUGCAGCAGCAUCGUAUACAUCCCAAGAAUUGGCAAUUGCAUACUCGAUGGUGACCUCGUCCGUCCAGGAGACUGACGAAGAAGGCGAGUCAAAGGCAGCAACAACAACAGAUCAGGGACCAAAGCAACAAGCCAAACUCGACCAAAUCCAUUCUUCAACCAACUCCAGCGAUUCCCUCUCGACCCUCUGGAAGAAAUCUGCCCCACUGCAAGAGCCAUACUUCCAGACACGGCACACAAUUGCAUCCCAACACACACUUUCGACCCUUGAUGGAGUUCUUUUCUCGCUGGACGAGGAACCUAAAGAGUUCAAUGAGGGCAUGUACAUUGCCAUGAGGAACCGGAUUUUCGAACUCGAGGCAAAGACCGUCAACUAUGCACCCUUCAACCGCUCCAGGAAACGAUCCGUUGACCGCUCAAUGGACGAGUACCCUGGAUACGGAUACGGACACGGCUACGACCACGCUCAUCAAGGACGACCGCCUGUUCACAGCGGCUACGACGGUGAGUAUGGCCACUCUUUCAAGCGGGCAGCCUACCACCACCCUCACCAUCCUCAUCGACAUUCACCGCCCUCGCCAGCGUAUGGCCCACCACGCCCAGAGGACCGACAAAGCAUUUACCGUUAUGCACCAUCCUAUCCAUCAUGGUACACUCCCGAGACAUACAUGUCAGGAUCACAGCCUCAGCAUCCCGGAAGCAAACAUGUGCCAACAAGGACAGGAGACCGGGAGUCGGCCUCCAGUCAUUCACAAGUAGAUCAUCGGAAUAGUCGAGACUCGAAUGGUCAUGAUUCAGGCGGACCCCUGUCGUCGCCCCCUCGAACAUUGGCAACCAAACCUCAGACAGUCCAGCCACGACCUAUUCUUCCUCAUCGCGGAGCCGAGGCCGGAGGACCCACCAAGGUGCACCACAGCCCCGGUUCUCAGCCCAAUCGCCAGUCUCCGCCCUCACACCCGUCUUCAUCACAGUAUACCCACGCUAGUCCUCAGUCGACCGAGCAGCCACCGACGUCCACAACUCCUUCGCAGCAGCAGCAACUGCAGCAGCAGCAACAAGAGCAGCAGCGUCAAUCGUUCCAGCAGCGGCAGCAUCGUGCCCAACAGCAAGCACAGUCCGACUACUCUCGAUCGUAUCAUCUUCAGAAGCACAUGCGGAUGUUGGACCAACAGCGAACACUCAAACUGACCCAACAGCAACAACAACAGCAACAGCAACAACAGCAGCAACAGCAGCAGGCACAACAACCGGUCAAGAUCCAGAGACAGUAUCAGCCUCACCAACAAAUGUACCCUCAUUCUUCGUCCAACCAAGCGUCGUCAACCCAAUCUCAGCUGUCUCUGCAACAACAGCAACAACAGCAGCAACACCAGGCAUCGCGAAUGUUGGCAAUUCAUCAUCACCAACAGCAACAGCAGAGCGCACAACAGCAAUUGAUCCAGCGGUAUCAGGCACAGCGGCUCUUGCAGCAGAAGCAGCUGCAGGCAAGACAGCUGCAGGAGCUUCGCCAGCGGGCGACGAUUGCUCAGUCGAUCUCUACAGGCAUCACUCUGGCUGCAAUGAAGGCUCAGUCCUUGUCUCGCGGUAACAGCACUAGCAGUGGCAACAGCGGUGUAGCGGCAACCAACUCAAUUGAAGGCGGAGGUCCUCGACAGAAAUCAGCCCGACCCCUCGAGUGCUCAAACUGUAUGGCGCUGGACUCGUUGACCUGGCGUCCUAGAGUCGAGUCUGGCGCAUCUUCUACUACCUCAACCCAGGACUCCCCAGCUACUGCUGCUGAACUCACUAGUGACAGCAGCAACUCAAAGGCUGAAGGAAGACUGUUGUGCCCAGCGUGUAUCCAGUACUGGCAAGCCCACGGCAAGUGUCGUCCCGUCCCCCCUUUCCGCGUUAACUUUUUGAAAAAGAUCCACAGUCGAUUCAAGAAGGAGCUUCAAGAGGUCCGAUUCCAGGGCUGGCAGGAUGCUCAGGUUCUUGAGGUAGAGGAUCGGAUGACCGAGCUAGAUUGGAAGCGCGUCUUUUCUGCAGCCGGUUCGUUUGACGAGGCAGCUGCUAACGUUCGCAGUCGCCAGACGUCUAUUUCCAGUACGGCUGCUUCCUCUCCUGUGAUUCAUCCCGUCAAGACUGCCACUUCCGUAUCUACAGCUGGCGCGACGGAGGAAGGGCCGAUUGUGAUCAAGAUUGAGGAUGAUGAUGAUGAUGUUAGUGCCAUUGGAUCGCAACAGAGUCUUUUCUCGUCUGGUUCGACUGUUGCAACAUCGUCGUUACCCUCGUCGGAGGUGAGGACGUUUAUGAGCGAGGCGGCUGUUGGGGAGGUGUUUGGACAGCGUUGGAAGACUGAGCCGAUGGUCGGAUACACCCUUGUUCAUUUCGGUGGCUCUGACCGUACCCGUAUGGUUCCCAUGAACCCCACCGUUCCCUCCCUGACGGUGACAUUUAAUCGUGCGACAGAGUCGGUUGUGUUUGCGUUCCGCGUAUUGGUCAACGGUCUGUGUUUGUUGUCGUCUGGUGGUGGACCACCUGCGUUGCAUAUGCCCGAGAUGGAGGAGGAUGAAGAAGAGUCGGACGAGGAACGUGACCAAGAUCAAGAUACGCUAGAGAGAGAUAGUAGAGAGGAUAAGGCUGAGGGUGAGGGUGAGGAUGUGGAGAUGGAGAGUGCACCCCGGCCAGAUGGUUUGACUUCUGCUUCGUCUUCCUCAUCAACUGUGGGCGGUGCAGCUGAAGACACAGCCACUGCCCCUCCCGCCGCCGAUUGA